CAGGGAGAGAGGCUGCCGGAGACAGGCAGGGGGAGGCGGCGAGGCGCCCCGUCCGCUCCGGAGGAGGAGGAGGAGGCCAGCCCGGCCGCUGAGGAGAGCGGCGGGGGGCCGGGGGGGGAGAUUGCACUCAAUAUUCACAACUAGAAGGAAAAGGAAGAAUCUCCUGACUCUCUGGACUUCAACGAUAUCAUUGUGUUGUAUUGGAUGAGUUUAAACUAGGCGACUUCUUUCUGAAACAGUUACAGAAAGAUAAGACUUCAGAGAAAAUCGAAGGGCACUGUCUGGAAUUCCCAGUCACUGCAGUUCCAUGGAGAGCAUCGAUCCCUUCCUAGAGGUUGCUGGGGACUCAUUAUCUCCCUGUUCAUUGUAGGCUGCUGAUGAAAUCUCCAAUAUUUCAGUGAGCGUGCCUGAGGGGAGAGGAACACAAGAGAGGAGAGACAAUUGAACAUCACCAUUGGCCGAGACCUGAAAAAAUGGUGCUGGAUGAACAGAGGAUUAGAACUUAAUUGUAAAAGGGAAAUAAAGUCUUGGCAGGCAAUUUGCUUCGUUUCCGCAUUCAUCAUGGCCCGAAUCCUCUGGCUGGCUGGUUAAUGGGACUGUCCAACGCUUCCUACUUGGAUUCGGUGCAGAUCCCCUCUGCCUACGGAUCAAAAGACCUGGGGUCAGGUAGGAACUGGAUGGUGCCAAAUACGGGGAUGGAAAGAGAAAUGGACUUUGGCGAUCUAAGAUGGAAGUGACUUGACAGCUCCAAGCUCAGCAGUUGUCUCCAGUAAGGACAGGUUAAGACGAGAAUCUCAAGCUUCGCUGGGAGAGCAGUAUGCAGGAAGCUGGUUUUCAGGCCACAAAUGCUUUCACAGAGUGCAAAUUCACCUGCGCCAGUGGUAAAUGCUUGUAUCUUGGUUCAUUGAUUUGUAACCAACAGAAUGACUGUGGGGAUAACAGUGAUGAAGAGAACUGUCUGCUUGUAACAGAGCAUCCACCUCCAGGCAUCUUUAGCUCUGAACUGGAGUUUGUUCAAAUCAUCAUUAUAAUUGUGGUUAUAACUGUUAUGGUGGUAGUGAUCAUCUGCUUGUUGAACCAUUACAAACUCUCGACACGCUCCUUUAUCAACCGACAGAGCCAAAGCAGAAGACAGGAAGAAACUUUGCAGACGGAAGGGUGCUUGUGGCCUUCAGAAAGCUCGGUUUCACGCCAGGGUGCGUCAGAGAUCAUGUAUGCUCCAAGGUCCAGGGACAGGUUUACCGCCCCAUCUUUUAUGCAGCGGGACCGUUUCAGUCGCUUCCAGCCCACCUACCCUUACAUGCAGCAUGAGAUUGACCUUCCUCCGACCAUCUCCCUUUCCGACGGGGAAGAGCCACCGCCGUACCAAGGCCCGUGCACCCUUCAGCUCCGGGACCCAGAACAGCAGAUGGAGCUCAACCGGGAAUCUGUCAGGGCACCGCCCAACCGAACCAUUUUUGAUAGCGACUUGAUAGACAUCUCGAUGUACAAUGGGGGCCCCUGCCCACCAAGCAGCAAUUCGGGCAUAAGUGCAACCAACUAUAGCAGUAAUGGAAGGAUGGAAGGACCACCCCCGACGUACAGCGAGGUCAUGGGGCAUUACCCAGGCUCCUCUUUUUUCCAUCACCAGCACAGCAACGCGCCUCCUUCCUCGCAGAGGGGGAGCAGACUUCAGUUUCAGCAGAACAAUUCGGAGAGCACAAUAGUCCCCAGCAAAGGCCAAGACCGGAAACCGGGAAACCUGGUCUAAGUUACUCGCCCAGGCGCAUUUGAACUGAAGACAAGAGCUUCAAGCAGAGCGGUGGAGGAAGACGCCCCCCCGUGCUCCGGUGCACAAUGUUGUUACGUUUCACGUGGUACAACUUAGUAAAACCAAACGUGCAAACCAGUUCUUUGUUUCUGAUUCCUUUCAGGGGAAUUGCAUGCAAAGCAGAUCGAAAGAAAUACAAACUUCCAUUCAGUUUGUCUACGAGCAGUGUUUCAGGGGAGGGGGGGGGGGGGGAUAUAUUAUUUUUUUUUAAUAAACUAUUUCAAUUAUUUAAUUGUAAAAGUUAACUUAGCACAGAAAUGAGGCUUGUACAGCCUGUUUUAUACUCACUGAAUGGCAGAAGGAAGAAGGUGGUUUUGCUGGAUAAAUGGGGGAAGAAUUGGCCAGUUUGCUUUUUUUUUUCUCCCAGGGUGUGGAUUUUUUUUUUUUUUAAAUAUGAAACAAAAUUCCUGUUUUGUGUGCCAAGGUAUAAAGUUGAGAACUUAGAUGAAUGCAAGGAAUUAAUUUGUGUUGUGAUAAAUGUGUUUUAAAAAGUUGCACUAUCUUAAUGUUUAAAAAAAAUAUAUAUGAGGGAACUGUUUUAUGUGAAGUUCUUCUAUAUGUUGUCUUUUCACCUGUGGAAUAAUGAUAGAGCCCCAGAAGUAAUCUGGAGGAGUUUGCCCCCCUCCCCCCGGGUUUGCUAGAAAAAGGGGACAGGACUUAGCCUAACAUCUCUUGACUUUUACAAAUCAAGAAAUACAGGGACACUCGUCUUUGCAAUAAUUUGUGUUCAAAUAACAGUGCAUCAAUGAAGUGUCUUGGAGACUUGUGGAUGGAAGACGGCAAAUAUGAAAUCCCAGCAUUUUCCACCAUGUAGGAUUUAGCUGUUUUGCAGUGUAGACUAUUUGUUUCGUAAACGGCAAAACAAAAUCCCAGAUGUGUUAAUUUGUAUUGAUUCUAACUAAGCGCUGCCAUUCUUUUCCUUUUCGUAAUGCAGUAACGCCAGUACUGACAGUUUUAGAGAUUAUUUUUUUUUGUCCGCACUGUAGCCUGAAAUGUAUUUAGUCACAUAUCAUGACAUUAUGCAAUAAAUUGUUUAAAAAUGCAAGGUGGGUCUUUUCCCCUGCAACGCUGUUAAAAUAUGUGAGACACUUGUGCUUUUCGCUCUCCAUUUCAUCCUUUAGAUACUGAAUUUCAGUCCUGGAGAUCCAUCCUGUUGAAGUGAAGGGGCCUUUCUAGCUAUGACCCCCCCCACCAUGCAGUUUCCGCGGCAGUACCGGGAGCGCUCCUGACAGCCGUGCUGGCAUCCGCGGCAUCCCUGGCGGUGACCUGGGAGCACCAGUUGUUCUCACUGCAGGCCAUUUUGCUCUGGGCCCUGUUGCGGAAACCCUCCUCCGUGCACGUCAUCCGGCUGACGCCAGGAGGGCUACGCUCACGGGUAAAGACGACUCGCGUAUUAAGUCAGUGUCUGUAAGCCCUGGUUUUGCCGUGCUGGUCUUAAGAGUAGUUGGAAAAUGUUAACCCGCCUGUAAAGUGGCCCACGGGGUAUUUCUUCCCUGUUUGUUUCUGUGUGGAAGCACGCGCGGCGCUGGAAGGCGGGUGACAAACGGUGAUAGCGGCAUCACAAGCACAUGAAAAAGCACAACUUGCACUUAAAAUGCAUUUCGGAAAUGGACUUAAAGUAAGAACCUUUUAGAGUCUUAGCUUGAACAGUUUCUAAUAUAUAUGUGUGUAAGUGUGUCGUAGACCUUUUCACUUCAAGAUCUUUCACUUUUUUUUCUAUUUUCUUAAGCCUUGUGCUUGGUUAGGGGCAGCAGCCACUGAGGGGGCUGUGGAGGAGCACGGUGCCCGAGCGCCUGGUCCCAUGGCUGGAGGCUGGAUUUCCGCAGGACUUCUGUACACGGGGGGCUCUGAUAACUGAAGUGCAUCUUUGAUCUAUGCAGAGUUUUAAUGCCAAAACAGUAUGCGUGUCUGCGUGUGUGUUUUUCGGGCCUCAGUGUAGUUUAUUUUCUUCAUAAGAUAAUUUGGUUUUAUUCUAGUUCAGAACAUGUUUGUGUAACUGUUAGUCUGAACAUGCAGCCUCAUUUGUCUCUGUGAUUGUUUUUUGGUCUGAGUCACACUGGUGAUGCAGAGCAAAGCUGCCUUUUAAUUUAUGUUUCAUUUGAAGGGAGAGAGAGAGAUUGUAUGAUGGGAUUCACUUAUUUUUUUUCCACUCAGACUGAGAGGAGAGGUGUUUAGGAGAUGACUAGGUGGCUGUCAGUCAGCUAGGGCUCCAGUCAUGUCUGGUUUCUGGGAAUAAAAGCUGUGAAAUUCGAUUUUUGCAAACAACCUAUGGAUAUAUUUCUUAGUUAAAAAAAAAAACAACAAAACACAACAGAAGACAAAACCAGCAGAUACUGGUGGUGUUCUUCAGUGACUUUUGUUGUCCUUCAGAAGUGAGCUUUUAAGUCAGAGAAUGUGUGUGCCUACACAGAUAAUUUGCUGUUGCCUAAGUGAGGAUUAUUUAGCCGAGAAGCCUUUAGGUAAGAACAGCUGGAACUCAGUCGCCAUGGCAGAGCACACCUGGACUGGGCCCUGGGCUUGGACCGGUUGAGUACCAACUUUUCCCCAUGCACAGGUCCCAGCGAAGUGAGCCUUGAAGUUGCCUUCAAAGUCACCUCGUGGGAACGUGCUUUCUUUGAAGAUAGGCCCUUGCCAUCUUUUGCCAUCGCUGCAUGCCAGUGGGUUUACAGACUUACCAUUAACAUCGUCCAGUUAAUGGUGCGUGCACUCUUGGCUCUUAAUUUUUCUUUGCGUGGAAAAUGUAACCUGUUCCAGUUCUGUAGAAAAGACUCACCUAAAAAGAACUUAGUAUUUGCUUGCCUAAUGGCUGCGUUUCCUCUUGCGUCUUCGCCUUCUCAUCAUAUUCUGCUGUCCAAAGCUAAAGCGCAGCCGGUAGACCUGUCAGCUGCGAAAGCAUAGUCGACCUGUUGCUUGCUGUAGGUGAGACUGCAACCUACUGCUUUUGUUUUGGGGCCUCUUACAGGAGUAAAUAUGGUAUUUUCUGAUGAAUAUUAGUCAUCUCUGAUGGGAGUGCCGCCAGUAGUAUGACGUUGUGUUUUUCUAUUUUUUCUUUUGUUGCAGCAAGAGAGAAUACGCCCUUGCUAACAGAAUAGAACGGUAAAAGAAGGAAUAUCAGAAUUAGAUAGCGCUGUCAGUCUUUACAGGCUUAGAAAUGGUGAUCUCUGAAGAUAGGUAAUUCUGUGAAGCAUUUGUGGAAAACUCCUUUUGAAAAUAUCCAGAAUUAAUAAACUGUGUUCCACAGCAACUCAAAUGAAGUUUGUAAAUUAUAAAAGAUUUCUGCAAACGUUGUAGAGUUAAUCAUGUAGAUUAUACCUCCAUACUGGUGGCAUGGUUUAUGUGUAUCAUGCACAAAACCCACGUAAUAUGUGCGUGGAGUUUUCCAUGUGAUGGAUCAUAUUAAUGUGAAUUCUGAUUGCAUCUCCUGACCUUUGCCCAGUAACCCAUCUUCUCAACAUUCAGUCCAGUCAUGUCCCCACUUUAGAAAUUUUCAAGUUAAAAGGUUAUUUUUUUUUUUAAAUGUACCUUUAAGAAAUAAAGCAUCAUGACCUCUGUCCUACCGCAAAGGUUCAUUUUUCCCUUAUGUGGCUUGGCAUGGCUCCCUUCUUGGUGCUAAAUAUGCCCCAUCUUUGGUGUUUUCCUAUGAUAUUGUAGGGCUAGAAAAGGCAGAGGUUUCUCUCCCAGUUUCCCAGUGGAGCACUCGGCACUUAGCUCUAAAUCUGGACGUACAUUUAGCCUGGUUGUGGUUGGGUUCAUCUCAGUGCUGCGCACGCAGGCUCUUUGUGUGUGAAGCUGCUUUAGAGAUGUGAGUGAGGAAUAUACGACGACUGGUACCCGGCCAGCGGAGCAGCGUUCAGACCCCUUUCCUGGCGCGUGUGGCACAUGCAGAAUUCGCGGUACUUUGCAUAAUAGGUUGGUUUUGUCAGGGAGGACCUACUUAAGCUACCGAUGAACUCUGCACUUAACACAGUCUUAGUCUGAUGUCACUUUAUUGCAGCGUGUUUUUUCCUUGUAAGUAGGAAAACUCAGACACACGUCCCAUGUACAAGUUCUUGACGGCUAGUGAGGAAGGUAUUUACAUUCCUGCAGUCGUGGAAUCUGCAGGAAGCAUGGGUCACGCUGUGCUUCAUUUGGCUUUUUAUUAUUGCUUGCCCACUUCUCCCACCAAUUUGUCCCAGCUGGAAGCUGCUUCUGUUAUCCCAAAAUUAUCCUGAAUAAUAUAAUAAUGAAAAAAUCACAAAUUUUUGUGUUGCAGCAAUAUUUUUUUAAAAAAAGUGUUGCUGAGAUUUUUUUUUUUUCCCUCCCGUGAAUGUGGUUGAGGGAAGGGCAAGGAGUGAAGUGACAUUGUUUCUGAAAGAAUGCACUUACUUUGCAAUAGGGAAGAAAGCCUUGUCCUGCUGGAGAGUCCCAUGCGCAGGCUGUCCGGAACAGCGCGGUCUGGAGCAGUGCUUUCUAACCCUGCCAGGUAGUGAGAUAUUGGACCUUAAAACUGACACUCUGAUCUGUAAGGAAUGUUUGAAUGGUUUAGGGAAGAUUGAUUACUAACCUUUCUCUGACUCUGAGCCCUGAACGCUCACGGUAACUAAGGUAACCUGAUUUCAUAGGCAAAGAAAAAGAAAAUAGUAUGCUGGUGAAAACAGAUAUGCUCCAGAAUUCUUCUUUGCUUUUCUUUUUUUCUUUGCUUUUUUUUUUUUCCCCUUCCCUCAAGGAUAAACUAUAGGCUUGCUGGUACAUUUGAAGGUAUUUAGGAUUAUUCAUAAGUUCUCUGUGGUCAUUACCAUCAAGUCAUGUCCAUGCCCAUGUGUGUGUAUACAUACCUGCAUGCAAACUUGUGCCUGUAUCCUACCCCUCGAUUAUAUAUAAUUGGUUACUAUUCCAUAAUCACCUUCCAGAAGUGCUAAAUGGCUAUAUAUUGUGCUCUCAGGAACAACGGCAAGUCAUUUGUCAAACAGCUGGAGGCUUGAGGAAUAUUUGCUUUUCAGUCCUGUAAAUGUCAUGGCCGUGUUUUUAUCAGUAGGGGAGUUUCUUGCUGCGCAAAUUCUUGCCUGUGACCUGGUGCACUAGUGCAUCUUCCAUCCAACAGCUCUCUCCUUUUGCGUGAGCUUUGAAAAACCCUUGUGCUUUUGGGACAACCCUAAUGUAGACCUCAUGUACUGACGUACAGGAAGGAAAUGUACUUCAUGUAGUCUAAAUCUCAGAAGCAUGUUUUUUCAAACCCAGCUGAUGCUGAGAACCAAGCGAUCCAUUUGUACAGUGGGUUCAGAUGAAGGCUGGCUUUUCCUUACGUCUUUGCUAUUUAGAUAAAGGCUGCUGCAAAUAAUUCAGUUACACGUAUCUGGUCUUUUCCUGCACUGUGUUGCCUGCUUGCCAACCACUGCGAUUACUUUUCUCCUAAACUAGCCCCAAAUGUGUCAAUUGUUUAAAACCCUGGAAAGAGGCACUCUUACUGAAUUGUCUGAGACCUUUCGAGGCCUCUUAGACCAUGGAAAAGUUCCUUGCGAGGACGUGUUGAACUUACAGAGGUUUCCUGUCCGAAGACUCUGUUCUGUACGUUUUGUUAGGAAAUUGAAGUUUAAAUUUUUGAGAGUUGCCCAACUGAAAUUGUUGGUCGGUAAGAUUUAUUUUUUUUUUUUUUUAAUACUUAAUAUCUUUUUUGCCAGUCUGUGCUCAUUAAUCAGGGGCAUAAACUACCUUUUGUUCCAUCUCCGAUUGCCGUUGCUAUGCUGGCAAAAGCCCCAUUGGGCACACUUGCACCAGCAAAAAAAGAGUCAUUUUCUUGGUACGGCUGUGCUUGGGGAAUUAGCAGAAGCUGCACCACUAAGUUCUGCCUCCAAAAUCAACAUCAGACCCGCACUGCCUCUUCCCAGCAAACUCAAGUGCUAGGUGAUGGCUCGGUUUCAGCGAAGUGCUUUACCACGCUAGUGAGCACCGCAGACACGCAGUGGAGGAGUCUAUGGGUGUUUUCUGGAAAUCGCAACUAUUUGCAUUAAAUACAUGCAGUUUUUGUAACGGCUCGCUACAUUUCUCCUGCUUUCGAAAGAGAAAACCGAGCAUGAUUUUGUAUUGAGAAGUGUGGCAAACUCGCCUGGCUCUUUCUUCUGCCUUGCUGUUGUCUCUGUUCCAUUUUUAGGCUGAACACAAGCAACCCGGGUACUGCUAGCAUCGCUUUCCUGCUAUAAAAGAGCUUGCCUUUUUAUGUUGGUUAACGAUAAGGAAACAAAUUUGUAACGUAGAUACUUCCCCCUUCCCUCCGACAGCCGCCCUCCGUGUGAUUUACUGCCAGAGAUGACCCUGUCAUUUCUUUGCUAUAUUGCUGCUGCUGCUGCUGUUUUAAAUGGUUUGGUGUGUGAGCUUUCUGAAACAAUGUGGUGUGUGUAGGAUCUUGUGGGUGAACAAAGCUGUCUCUUCUCUUCUUCCUUCCUCUCCUUGGUUUGUGCUUGUCUGUCCGCCGUGGUAGGGUUAUUAAUAAAUUAUAUCCGUCCGUAUUAGAUAUAAUUUUGAGGAGGUUUGCAUGUCAGUAGUUCGUAAGCAACUAAGGUGCCUCAUGUUCAGGUCUGAGCAGAUAGGGAUCCCCUUGCACUCGAGAGGGCCUGAUCCAAAGCCUGGUGAAGUUGGGAGGAAGACUCUUGCCAACUUCAGGGGGGCUUUGGAUCAGGCCUUACGCUCCCACCUUUGUUGUGCCUCACUUAAAAUGGUGCUUUUUAAGUUGUCUGUCUUUUUUCUGAGUUGGUUUUUUUUUUUUCUUUGUAUGGUGCUGUGUAUAACUUGAAUAUAUUAUGCACAUAUCCUACCCAAUGGGUAGAACAAACAAACAUACAAAAACAAAUAGAUGUUGUUAAUACUGUAAGAUAAUGUAUAGAUGAUACCAAUUUUAACAAAAAAAGAAAACAUGGCAUAGACUUUGUGAAUGCCAACUUCUGUGCUUGGUCCUUUUUUGUAAGAAAAUUUGCAAAUGAAUGCAUACAAAUGACAAAAAGUCUAUGUAUUUUAUUUUCCUAUUAAAUAUCAAUAUAAUAUCAUAAGGGAAAAAGUCUGAACAAAUCCUUUUUGACUAGCCUGUGUAUAGCAAUUGGUCGUUUGAUGCAUCUUUGCUGUGAAGAUUUGUUCUUUUUUUUUUUUAAACAUGUCACUUUAAGAAAAAGGAAAAAAAACACAAAACAAGCAAAACCUCCACAGCUUUAACCUUGCAACUAGAUGCUUCUCGUAUUGGUUGUUGCCUUGCUAUUGCUGAGUUGGACCAGUAUUAGUUACUACUUCUCCAGCAGAUAACGUUAUUUAUUAUUGUCCUUGAUUACCUUUUCUUUUUUUUUUUUUUGUUAGAAAUGGUCUAAAAACUUUUGAAUCUUUUUAUCCACAUCCUAGAUUUGAAGUGAAGCUCAGACAAGUGGGAACUGACCCAAACCAUCCCUGCAAAAUGAAAAACUAGGCCAGCGAGAGUUUUGUGACAACAGCCAGCCCUUGCUCUAUGCCCACUAGCGGUACGCCAUCCUGCCACUCCAAAAACUGUCUUAAGGCUUGGUGUGUAGCUGGGACUCGUGGAAGACGUGUGUAGUUGCAGGGUACAAGCCUUCUAAGGUGAGAAAAGCCGCAGUUGGUAGCGAGGUGAAUGCAGGGUUCGAGCGUGAGCUUUGAGUUGGCAGCGCCGCUGCCGUGCUGGCCGCUGACAGCAGUGGCUCAACCCCGGUUCAUAUUUAAGAUUAUGGAGAAAUGCCUAAAGCUGUUCAGACCCAAUGUGGGAAGCGGUGUGGGAAGUGAUCCAACACUUUAACGUUCUGCCAGGCUCCCUCGGCAGCUUGGUUCUCCCCCGGCGUCUCCGUGCGUUUGGCUGUCCAUCCCCGUGCCCCUGUGCGGGCUCUUCGGUAAAGCAAAUACCUCAGGAAAACUCAACAUGAAGUUCUAGUGUAGAGACUUGCAGAUGCUGAACUUAUUUUUCUAAACUGUUUAUUCUAACUACCCCAGGACGGAAGGUGAUAUUAAAGUUUACCAGUCCGAGACAGACUAGUCCUCUCACAGAUGGAUACCGACUAAUCUUUCAUAGAUACUCAUGUCUAUAUGUAGCUUUUUUUAUACUUGUUUGGCUUUAACCACAGAUGUAAGGUAACGAUGUGAUGGGAUACGUUUGAGAUGGUGUUUUUGUUUGGUUUCUCAGAUGACUAGCUAAACGCUAUGCUAAAACUCAGGGGGCUUUAUCCAGGGCCCAGUGAAGUCAAUGGUGAGGCUUCCUCUGGUUUGAGUGGGCUUUCAGUCCGGUCCGUCACACUCGAGGAUGGUGCCUCAGAGCACGGUCCUUCACCACUUCUCUGUUGACCUGAAACUUCAGCUACACGUUUGUCUGUAAAUAUCUUUUUAAAAGCCCUCACAGGAGUCCUGUAUCUGAAUGUUGAUCAUGGUUGUUUUGGUUGUGUUUUUUUUUGUUUUAAAGAAGUGUGUGAGUUUUUAUGGCCAGUUCUGCAUCAUCAAGCCCUUACAGGUAGCUUGUAUCCAUCCCUCUGUAUACAGAGCUGUUUUAUCAGUAAGCAUGUACCAUAGGGAAAUACCCAUAUUUCAUGAUAGCCGUUUGUUAACUCAUUUAUUGUUUGUCAGGGCAUAGAGUAAUUGUUUUGGAAGGAUGCCUUGCCUGGCCGCGUUGACGUUGCUGUUUGCACUGCAGUAUCACUUCUGUGCAUGAAGGAAGAAGAACAAACAAAAAACCCCAGGCCUUGACCAGGAAGGCUCUAUAGAGUCAGCCUCCCGCUGGAGGAAUCUAGGAUAGGAUUUAUCAUAACAAAACUUGCAUAUUGAGUGGACCAAACACGAGCAUGUCUCCUUUUAGAGGCACUAAUUUGCUUUGAAGCUGUAGUGGAAAGAGCAGACUAUGUAUUACGUGUACUCAGAGCUGCGUUCACGCUUUUCCAUUUACCACGAAGCACAGCAGGCAGCCAAGAUUUUUAAAGAAGCAUAAGCAGAAGUUAUGAGAGCCUCAGGCAUCGUAGACCUGGAAAGCAAAAAUAAUAAUAAAAAUUAAAAAAUCACUUUAAUAUGCUUUAACAAAGCUGCUCUACUUGUAGUACAAAGACCACGUAAGUGUCGGUAGGGGUUUUAUCUUUGUAUGGCUAUCAACUGCCCAACGCUGCUGUGCUCAGAGUAUCUCAUGAUGGUAUGUACAUCAGCCAGGCUGUUACACUUAACCAUCAAAUACCUGUUUUUAGAGUGUUGACCCUUUCUUUGUUGUUUCUUGCUAGUUAUUUUACAGUGUAAAAUACUUUAUUGCUGUAUGCAUUUUUUUUUUGUAUUUCCAACAUUGUGGCUUUCAAGAUCACGUUUUCAACGUCUCUUAUUUUUGUCCAUUUUGUUUCAAGCUAUUCUGAAAUAUGUACAGCAGUAUCAACAAUAUUUAAUCUUUCUUUUAAAUUUUAUUGUUGUAAAAACAAAGCUAUUAAAAACAGUAAGUCUUUUUACAACUGUAUUGGAAUUUCUCAAUAGCUGUUCAUGUGACGCUAUGACAAACCUGGCUUGCUUUAACUUUUUUUUUUUUUAUUUUAUUUUCCUUUUAACACAAUUAAUUUGUUGCUUUUUUUUUUUUCACGGUAACUCCCAGUUAUAUACAGGAAAAGAUUUCAACUGUUGUGUAUCUGACUCUUUUAAUUGAGCAAAUGGUGAUGUCCUAGUUUUUAGACCUAAGGUCUGUUUAUUGCAAUACUUUUAAAGGAAGAUGUUGCUCUAAGUGCUGUUGUUAGUUUUAAAUACAGAUUUUAUGCUUGUUCUUAGUAUGCUGUGGUUAAACCACGGCACAAAGUUAUUAAAAAUCAUGAAAUGCA